AUUGCAAGUAUUGAAAGCAGUGUAGAAUAUCACAGAUUAUCAUUACUUCUGAUAAAACUUGGAAUAAAAUUAAAUUACCAGAACACUAAUGGUCAGACUGCAUUAAUGCUAGCUAGUAAAGGUGGACACAUUGAAAUUUUCAAAUCAUUACUACAAAAUGGUGCUAAUCCAUUUGUACAACUACCAGCCAAUAAAGGAUACAUUGGAUUAAACUAUUUAGCAUGUACUGCUCUCUCUCAGCAUAUAUACAAAUCAAUUGGAGGAGAAAGAAUUAAACCACAAGAUGACACUUCAGUUGAAGACAUGCUGGAAAUGGCUGUUAAAGAAAGAGGAGUGAGUAGUUAUUUUUAUGAGCCAUUCAUGAAUGUCAUUAAAAAUAAAAUUAAAAGAAAGUUUCAAUUGCUGCAAGAUUGUUUUCAUGCAUUAAACAGUAGCUUUGUUGAUGCAGCCACCGAUCUUUUGACCAGCAAAGCCUCGGUAACAGAAGCAAAGCGAAAGUUUCAAUUAUAUAUCAAAGAAGAUGCUACUUGCGAAAAUGCUCAUCAACUAGUACAGUUGCUCCAGCCUCAUUACUCGUGUUUAAACAUUAACCUUCUCACAAUACCAUGUACUAUCACAGAACCUAUCAAGGAACAGGUAGAAGAAUACAAUACUAACCUCAAGAUAUUCAAAAAUACCACUAGCCUACUGGAGCUAGCAAUGAUGACUAGAGGAAUGCCUUGUCCUGAUGGUUUUGUUGGCUGUUCUAAAUUAAUUUUAAGACUCAAGAAGCCAUGGUGCUCCAGGACAAUUGCUGAGUUAAAUAAAUUAGAAAAUUUUUAUUUAUCACCUAUUUUAUUGUCUGUAAACCUCAUAAAAACCCAUUAUGAUGCCUCCAGCUUUCAUUGUAUAUAUUUCUUCCCUCAAUCAUCACAAACUGAAUCAUUAAUAGAAGCAGUUUUUGAACAGAGAGUUUCCUUAUAUGCAAUUGGUGUAUUUGAAGUUAUGAUUGAUGAUAUUCCUAUUAUGAUGGGAAAAAAUGUAAUGUUUGGACUUAAGGCUGUACUGGAAGAACUAAUACCUAAUUUACAUCAAGAAGAUGGUAAUACUGCCCUCAUUCGUGCUAGUGAACAAGGAAAUUUCUUGUCAGUUCAAUUUUUACUGAGUAAAAAUCCUGAUAUUAACAUUCAAAAAAAUGAUGGAUAUACUGCUUUGAUGGCUGCUAGUGCUAAUGGACAUCACCAGAUUGUUGAGCUCUUACUGACUAAGGAUCCAGAUAUGAACAUUCAAGAUAAUAAUGGAUUAACUGCUUUGAUGAUUGCUAGUUCCAAUAGACAUAACCAGGUUGUCGAACUGUUAUUGAGUAAAGAUCCAGAUUUGAACAUUCAAGAUAAAAAUGGAUUAACUGCUUUGAUGUUUGCUAUAGCCAAUGGAGAUCACCAAGUUGUUGAACUUUUGCUGAGUAAAGAUCCAGAUAUUAACAUUCAAAGUAAUGAAGGAUUUACUGCUUUGAUGGUUGCUAGUGCUAAUGGACAUCAGCAGGUUGUUGAACUAUUACUGAGUAAAGAUCCAGAUAUUAACAUUCAAGAUAUUUAUGGAUUAACUGCUUUGGAGACUGGUAGUGGCAAUGGACAUCACCAGGUUGUUGAACUGUUACUGAGUAAAGAUCCUGAUAUUAACAUUCAAGAUAAAAAUGGAGUGACUGCUUUGAUGGCUGCUAGUGGCAAUGGACAUCACCAGGUUGUUGAACUCUUACUGAGUAAAGAUCCAGAUAUUAACAUUCAAAGUAAUAAUGGAGUGACUGCUUUGAUGACUGCUAGUGGCAAUGGACAUCACCAGGUUGUUGAACUCUUACUGAGUAAAGAUCCAGAUAUUAACAUUCAAAGUAAUAAUGGAGUGACUGCUUUGAUAGUUGCUAGUCACUUUAAUUAUUACCAAAUUGUUAAACUCUUACUCAGUACUAGGGAUUUAGAUAUUAACAUUCAAAGUAAUAAUGGAGCGACUGCUUUGAUGGUUGCCAGUGACAAUGGACAUCACCAGGUUGUUGAACUACUACUGAGUAAAGAUCCAGAAAUUAACAUUCAAAAUAAUAAUGGAUUGACUGCUUUGAUGGUUGCUAGUGACAAUGGACAUUACCAGGUUGUUGAACUACUACUGAGUAAAGAUCCAGAUAUUAACAUUCAAAAUAAUAAUGGAUUGACUGCUUUGAUGGUUGCCAGUGACAAUGGACAUCACCAGGUUGUUGAACUACUACUGAGUAAAGAUCCAGAUAUUAACAUUCAAAAUAAUAAUGGAUUGACUGCUUUGAUGGUUGCUAGUGACAAUGGACAUCACCAGGUUGUUAAACUCUUACUGAGUAAAGAUCCAGAUAUUAAUAUUCAAAGUAUUAAUGGAUCAACUGCUUUGAUGAUUGCUAGUAUCAAUGGACAUCACCAGGUUGUUGAACUAUUACUGAGUAAAGAUCCAGAUAUUAACAUUCAAAAUAAUGAUGGAUGGACUGCUUUAACAGUUGCUAGUGGCAGUGGACAUCAACAGGUUGUCAAACUCUUACUGAGUAAAGAUCCAGAUAUUAACAUUCAAAGUAAUAAUGGACGGACUGCUUUGAUGUUUUCUAUUGUCAAUAAACAUCACCAGAUUGUUGAACUCUUACUAAGUAAGGAUGCAGAUAUUAACAUUCAAGAUAACUUUGGAGAGACUGCUUUGAUGUUUGCUAGUCGCUAUGGGCAUCACCAGGUUGUUAAACUCUUACUGAGUAAAGAUCCAGAUAUUAAUAUUCAAAGUAUUAAUGGAUCAACUGCUUUGAUGAUUGCUAGUAUCAAUGGACAUCACCAGGUUGUUGAACUAUUACUGAGUAAAGAUCCAGAUAUUAACAUUCAAAAUAAUGAUGGAUGGACUGCUUUCACAGUUGCUAGCGGCAGUGGACAUCAACAGGUUGUCAAACUCUUACUGAGUAAAGAUCCAGAUAUUAAUCUUCAAGAUAAUAAUGGACAGACUGCUUUGACUUUUUCUAUUGUCAAUAAACAUGACCAGAUCGUGAACUCAUACUGAGUAAGG